AUGUUGCUCCGCGCUUUAGGGAACUUGCUGACGCUGGAGGGGGGGUCACCAAGUUCCCCAAAGGAACGCGUGGGGGCAGAGGUGGUCGUGCUUUCGAGGGGAAGGAGUUUGGGAGGCUGGAGCGCGUGGUGGGGAUGGAGAGGUUUGUGUAUUGGCGGGCUGCGGUGGAAUUUGUCGAUGGCUCAACACCCGGGCAGAAUGGGAAGUAUGCCACGUGAUCAAUUCAUGACCGGAGAAAUCCGACCCGAAAAUGCCAUCAUGCAUUUGUAA